AUCUCUUCCACCCCACAAUUGCAAUCUUGCACGCAGCCCUUCUAGUAAUGAGGGGAUUCCAGAUAUGGCCUGCUACUCAACGGCUUCGACUCGAGGUCGAGCAGAGCGUAAGAAUUUACUCAGCCCUGGAGAUUUCGCACCGCAAUUCCGGGAGGUUCCGGUGACUCGUAGAUUCCAACAGUUACGAUCGCCGAACAGCGUCGUACGAAAAUGUAUAUAGCGCGUAGCAAGUCUACGCAGUUGGGUUGGGUUGAGCAUUUCCACCCCCCAUUCUCAGAUCACCUCACCAAAUGGAAUCGCCUUCCACGUUCAAACACCUCGCCGUAGGUGCCUUUUCCGGGAUUGUACUCCAGGCUGCACUCCUCGGCGUAAUCACCAUUCAGACUUUUCUCUAUUACAAAAGGUUUUCCGAGGACCAUUUCUUUCAGAAGACCGUCAUCGGAUUCUUAUGGCUCAUGCAGAUGUUUCAAGUGAUAGCUUCGCUUUACGUGUUUACAUGGAUUGUCGAGCAUUUUGGGAAGUUGACUAUACGAUGGUUUGAUACUUUCUACCAGUUAUCUAUGGUAGGAUCAUGAUCCCACCCGGUCCGAGCCUAGUCAGUGCGCCGGAGGUUAUGUACCUUUUCAUAAUUCGCUCCACUAGGUUAUUUGCUCUGCCAUCGUCCAAUUUUUCUUCAUCCUAAGACUCUAUCGACUCAGUGGAUCAACCUGGCUACCAACGUCAAUUGUUUUCCUGACUCUGGGGCAGUUUG